UGAAUAUUUGUUAAUAGAGUUGUCUUUGAAAUCCUUGUUAUACUUUAAUGUGUGUGUUUUUAUAAUGUAAAUGCAAUUUGGUCGUCUGUUGAGUAAGUCGGUCAGUGUAUAUUUUACUAUGCUUCAAAUACGAAAAAAAUGGAGUGCAUUAUUUAAGGAGGAAUUUACUAGUCUAAGAGACGUUUAAAAUAUGUGUAGCUUUCAUGUUAAUCAACAAGCCUUAACCGUAGAUAUUUCCUAUACCAUAAGAGUGUAAAUAGGUUUAUAAUACGAUCAGAAAACAACCGGGGUGUCAACAACGUCAUGUUAAAGUUAAAUAUAUCCGGCAUAAACAUUUAGUCGAUUAGUAUCUGUCAGUAAUAAAACCUGUUGGAGCAGAAACUGCACAAUAGAAUAAGGAUUGCUUAAUGUUAAAAUUAAAUUGUUUUCUUUAACUGUAAAAUAAAUAAGAAUGACUGUGACCCUGUUUAUAGUUUGCCUUUAUGUGACAUCCGUCAGCAGCCACGGAUUAUACGUACCAGGCCAAACAUGUGUGGACAUGAAUCCAGCAGGACAUUUGGAUGCAGACGGAAAUAAGGCUUAUUCUCAAACUGUAUCAUCUCCUUACAAAAUAUCCAUCAACACCACGACCUAUACGGCUAAUUCUGUCAUUGAAGUAUUUGUAUAUGCCAAUGGUGAUCAUGGGUACGAUUUUUACGAGGGAAUGCUGUUACAAGUUCGCCGUGCUGACUGUGACCAUACAUAUAAAGAUGUCUCAGUUGGUACCUUUAUGCUGAAUACUGGAGAAAAUUUUCUAACAACGAUGUCCUGUACUAAUCUGGAUGAUACAGUUGGCCACAUGGCACAUGCGCAUAUCUAUAACAGGACAUUUUAUUGGAAAGCACCCCCAACGACAGAAGGUCCACUGUUUAUCAGAGCAACCAUUGCUAGGCGACAGAGAACUUUUUGGAUGAAUGUUGUAUCAGAAUUUAUUAUGGACCCAGGUAGUUCGGUCACCCCCGAAACAUGUACUGAACCACCAACCAUUUGUUCAGCGGGAAUACAUAAAAUGUCCACGUUACUUGUACUUGCUAUGACUGUUUUUAUAUUUCUAACAUAUCAUUUAUAUUGAAUAUGAUUAUUUCAUUCAGUCACAUUAUCACAAUUUUAGACCUGACCUGACAUUAACCGGAUUGAUACAAUUAUAUCACAAAAUUUGUUUUUUCAAGAUUUUUUUUUCUGAAAUAACAAAAUUCAGAGAGUUGGAAAAUUAAGUCCUAUAAUGGCUUGGAAGGCUGUUCCAUAAAGUAGCAGCAGCAGCAAAUUUGAAAGUUUUUCUUUACUGGAACGGAUAGACAUUACCUGUUGAACAUUCAGAAUAUUUACAUACUUAUAAGAAUACUUAGAUAUUUUGACAAUCAACAAAUUUUGUAAGCACAGAGGAGCUAUGUUGUUUAUAAUCUUUACAGUUUCUAGAGCCAUUUUUUAUCCGUCUGAUCUGUAAGGAUGAAACCUUAGCUUUAAGUGAGAGAUUUAUUGGACUUUAAUUUUUUUUUAUUGGACUUUAAUUUUUUUUAUAUGAAUUACUUGGAAGGUAUGAUGUCAUAAUACGACUCGUUGUAUCAGUGUUUUUUUGUUGUUUUGUUUUCCAUUUUUGACUGUCAAAUAACCUUUCAUUUACAUGUAAUAUCAUUGUCAUGUGUGCUUAUUAACAGUGUUAACUAAAUGUUUUAAUAGAAUUAUUUGUUAACUUUUUUUUAAAAAUAAGGUGAUCAUAUUUCUCAGUCUGUAGUAUUUAUAAUUAAAAGAGUAUACAUGUUCCCUUCUGAAGAGUUUUAUUUAUAAUACUUGAAUAACAGUUUGCAUUUACGUUUAUUGACAAUAAUUUAAAUCAGACUAACAGAAAUUAACUUUUUUUUUUUUAUUAAAUUCGUUAUCAAACAUUACUAAAACUUUUAGUGGGGUUCAUGUGUCUCAGUCUUUAGUUUUCUAUGUUAUGUUUUGUUCCUCAAAUAUUUCAAUUAUUUGGCCAUGCUAUUGUUAGAUUUUAAUGUACUUUAUUCGAACUUUCUUAGUAUUUUCUUUCUAUCUUUUGUUCACUUAUUUAAAAUGUAUAUGAACAAAUUAUAUUUCUGUUGUGCAAAUGAAAGUAAUUAUACAUGAAACAUUUCAGUGUCCUGAUUAUUGACCUGUUUGUACAGACUUUGUGGUCAAAUAUUUUGUUACAAAGGUUAUUUGAUCAAACUAUGUGUGAGGGAUACUUGUAAAUGUAAACUACCAUGCCAUUAAUAGAUGUUUGAAAUUACA